AUGAGAGAUACGCUAAUCAUUUUGGCAGUUAUUCUCUAUUGUCAUCAAGCAACAUUGAUAUUUGCUGAGUUUCAAGUUGAGUUACAUCCCGUUUACAGCGGAUCAAACCAACAUACCGGAUAUUCUACAAACGUGAUGAUCGGUGAACCGAAAAAAGAAUUUUCUCUGCUUUUAGAUACUGUCACCAAUUUUCUUUGGGUUUUACCUUCUACGUUUGCCUUAUCUUUCUCAAAUGGCACAUGGGAAUUCCUGACGAAAAUGUCGGGUUACUUAAAUUGCCAAUCGAAAACCUUGAAUAGAACUAAUUAUACUCACCUAUAUCAAAUUUAUGGCUCCAGAGGAGUCACAAUGACCCAAUUUACGGAUAAUAUUUCAUUUAAUUCAUUCAAUGGAACACACGUCGAUUUCCCAAAUUCUCCAUUUUGUGUAGCAAAGAUUUUGCGAUGGCAUAAAUUUAACGAUUAUAAGAAAAUCGAUGGUGUACUCGGUUUAUCGAUGUUGCAUGUUUUUGGCUCUCCACUUGCAAUUUGCAGACAGUCCUUCUCUAGUGUAUCCGUUAUGGAUAGUCCGAUAAGGAGAGCUGUCCGGAAUAAUCAACUAAAUCCGGUUGUUACUAUUGCACUGCCACCACUGGAUUCUAAGAAGAAAGCGAUGUUAACGUUUGGUGGACAUAAUAACCAAUCAUGCGAUUUGAAUUAUGAAACCACUGAACCGCUUCGUUUGAAGUAUGAAGCCACUGAAUUGCUUCGUUUGAUUAAUGAAAACAUUGGAUGGCAACUUCAUGUGCCUUUUCUUCCUUCACAUCGCAUAGCGUCUAAUCAAUUCGAAAAUCGUUAUGAAUUCAUAUACAACUUCGUCAAAAUGGGCGAUGUGAAGUCUUCUAUCGUAUCAUUUGCCUAUCCGAGCACUAUUGAGCCAUAUAUCUAUGUUCCAAAUGAAUUCCUUCGUGAAAUCGUUGAGAAUCUCAAUGCAACGUUUGCUUCAUCAGAGGACAAAUAUAAGGUAGAGUGUAAGAGAUCCGUCCCUUAUAACACAUAUCAACCAUUCGAGAUAUUCACCGAUAGUAACACAUACGUCAUUCCGCCACAACAUUUCAUAAUCAAACAUAAUCCCAACGAUACGCUAUGCGAGCUUGCGUUCAGAAAGAGUAAAAGAGCUAUUUAUUCUUUAUAUGUGUCCGAAAUACUAACCGAACUAUUUAAAGAUGAUGAUCCAAACAUAGUUGUGCUUGGAAUACCAUUCUUCCAUCAAUAUUGCGUUACGUUGAAACCACGUGAUUAUAAUAUUAAUUUCGCACCGAUAAUUUAA